AAAAGUUAACAUAGGAAUGGUCGGGUAGCUAUUUGCCUGGCUAGCUACUGUACAGAGGUAAUCAAACUUUUAGCAGAAUGGGGGUGAAAGACCGCCCUCAGUGUUACUUUGAUGUGGAGCUCAACCGGGAGCCAGUUGGGCGCAUUGUCUUCCAACUUUUUUCGGAUGUUUGUCCCAAGACAAGCAAAAACUUUCUCUGUUUGUGCACAGGUGAAAAGGGAACUGGCAAAAUAACAGGGAAAAAGCUGUGCUACAAAGGCUCCACCUUUCACAGAGUUGUAAAGAACUUUAUGGUCCAGGGAGGCGACUUCACUGAAGGAAAUGGAAGAGGGGGAGAGUCCAUAUACGGUGGCUACUUUGAAGAUGAGAACUUCAUUCUCAAACACGACAGAGCCUUCCUGUUGUCGAUGGCCAAUCGCGGGAAGGACACUAACGCUUCCCAGUUUUUCAUCACAACCAAGACGGCACCUCACCUCGAUGGAGUCCACGUCGUCUUUGGUCUCAUCAUCUCAGGCUUUGAAGUGAUAAAGAAGGUUGAAGGGCUGAAGACGGAUUCAGCCAGCAGACCCUACGCUGAUGUCAGAGUGAUGGACUGUGGACAACUUUUCACGAAGUCCGCUAAUGAUGUACUUGAAGGCAAAAGAAAAAGAACCUCCCAUUCUGCUGACUCGUCCCUCAAUUCCCAUGACUCGCCCUCGGCCUUUUCCUCUUCAGUGGGAUCUGAAAGCGAAUCGGAAGAGAAGUACAAACAUCGCAAACACAAGAGACAUGCGAAGAGUAAACGGCCUAAAAAGAAAAGGAGGGAAUCAAAGACGGAGAAGAACAUUGACCUUCGGCCUGUCGAGCAAAACUCUCACAGUCCUGUGGAAAGAGAGAUGCUGGAGGGAGACAGUGAAGUGGAGGGAGAGAAGGAGCCGAGUGGGAGGAGAGAGAAGCCUGUCGUCCGACUAGAGGAAAUCCCACCGGUGCCAGAGAACCGCUUCCUGCUGCGUCGAGACAUGCCAUCCCAGGAAGAUAAAACAGAGAUAGUUGAGAAAGAAGAAAUGUCUGUUUCAACUGAGCCGAAACCAGCAGUGUCCAAGUCUGGACGCAAGAUCAAAGGCAGAGGAACAAUGAGAUAUCACACCCCCACAGGCUCUAAAUCACGGUCUGCAUCUGUGGAAGAACGGGGUAGCAGUGAAACUCCACCACAUUGGAAAGAAGAGAUGAAGAGAACCAAAGUGUAUCAACCGCCGAGCAUUGAGAGAUGGAGCAAAGGAGACAAGUUAAACGAUCAUUCCUCAAGCAGAUGGGCGGACAGAAGUGACUCUGCAUGGUCCCGGUCUGCAGAGCCCUCCUCAGACCCCGGCUCUGAGAGGUCCAGCCUGCGCCGCCAACAAAGAAAAGAGAAGAAGAAAGCCAAACACAAGAAGAAGGCCAAAAAACGAAAGCGUGGCAAGAAGAAGAGCCCCGAGAGCAAACCACAAGAGCCUUCCCUGUCAGUGGGUGAAAAGGAAGCAUCGUCAGAGAGGAAGUCCAGAAGAUCACGCUCUCCAACCCGCUCCUCUUCAAAUCAGCAGAAUUCAUCAACUCUGAGGGGACGGCUGUCAGUCAGAGACUCUCGGUCAUAUUCUAGAUCCUAUUCAUCAAGUCAGUCAAGAUCUCGAGAGAGGUCCAGGUCAUAUUCAAGAUCCAGAAGCCUUUCGAGGUCUAGAAGUCAGUCUUUGUCUAGAUCCAGAUCUCAGUCCUCUUCUCGAUCCAUUUCAAGAUCAAGAUCCAAGUACAGAUCUUUGUCUCCACCCAGAAAGAAGAGUUUAUCCAGAUCCCCAAGAAAGAGGAAAGCCAGCAAGCACAAAGCGGACUCCAUGGUGUCCGAGAAACUUCCAGAGAGUAACGUUACACCUGUCCCCAGACUCCCGAGUAUCCCGGCUCCUGAAAGUGCCCCAAUGAUCCCAAUGAGUGACAGUCCCCCACCCUCACGCUGGAAACCUGAUCAAAAGCCCUGGAAGCCUUCUUACAUCCACAUUCAGGAGAUUAAAUCGAAAGUCGCUCUCAGCUCCUCCGCUAGACAAACAGUAGCUACUGGUAGAGAAAAAGCUCAGACUCCCAUUCCACCAAAGUGUCUGCCAGGUGACUCUGAAAGCCACAAACCUGCAGGGCGCUCACACAGCAGGUCCUCCAGAAGCAGGUCCUACAGCCGCUCAAGGAGCAGAAGUUAUAGUAGGUCCAGGUCUCGGUCCCCUCAUCAGUAUAAAAGCAGAUCGUCCUCCUUCAGCAUAUCAGACUCUGAAAACUCCCAGAAAGCAUACAGCAACAAGAAGAGUUCACUAGACAAGGAAUGGAAAGAGUAUUACAGCUCUCUGAGGAGGAUCAACAAUGAAGAUACGAACAUUUCACCCACAGGUAGUGAAGAUGCUCAGCCAGGAUCAGAGAAGAGUGCGAGCUGUGAGCGUGGUCCUGAUAUCAGUGACUCGAGGAGAAGUGUCUCUUCGGAGAAAAUAGAAGAGAGCAACAGCGCACAGGAUCAAGAAACAAAGCAAUGCAGCGCCAUGCUGGCAGAGUGCUUUAAUAGCCGGUCCGAAUGGGAUAGUGACAGUGAUAAAGUCAGUCAAAGCAACAGUCCCACCCGGCCGAAAAAGCUGAAAUUGAAAGAAUUUGAGUCCAAUAAACUCCUUGACAAGAAGUUGUCUGUUCUUCCUGGAUGGAAUUCUGAAAGUGAUUGUGAAAAUAUAACCUCCAGGACAUUGGCCAUAUCGGAAAAAGAGGAAGGGGAAGCUAGUACAGAAUCGGAUUAUGAGACUUCCAGAAAGUCGUUGGAGGCAGGGGUUGCACUGGCACACGGGAUUGCUGCCGCUUCUGGUCGGCCAGAGGAAAGUCCUGAGAAGACCCCGGCGCCGGCGAAGCACAAGAGCAAAAAGAAGGCCAAACGUAAACAUAAACAUAAGAGAAGAAGUGAGAACAAAAGCGGCUCCCAUCACAGUAAGAACAAAGGAAAGAGAUCCAAGAGGAAACAUCAGAGGCUUAAAGAGACUUUUCACUGGCAGCCUCCUUUGGAGUUUGGAGAGGAGGAAGACGAGGAAGAAUCAAAACGAGAGAAACCUAGUCCUAGAGUUGUCAAAGGAAGGCCUGGUGUGGGCAGCAUGAAUGAAAAAGUGACCUCUUUAAACAAGAACGCUAGUACAGAAAAAGAGGGGGGGCAACAUAAAGCAAAGGAAUGUAUCAACAAAAACCCCAAACACCCUGAACUUCAUCUUCACUCAUCCAAGAGGAACGGGGCCAGUGUCCCCAGUGUCCAAGAGCAAGAGGCGUUGGAUGAUAUGGACAUCUGUACCCCAGAGCAUGACGCUGAAAUUGUCGAACAUCCAGCCACAUAUGAUUUGAACAGUAACGAGUUUACCCUCAAAUCGACCUCAGGGUCUUCAGACGUGGCCAGUCGAGAUGGCGGUCUCCUCCCCCGCAGAGAGCAGCCUUGUGGUACCCCCUCUACAGCUGGUGGACUGCAGGAUGAAGCCACCACCGGCAGACCUGCUGACGCUGGGAUUCAUUUCAAAUGGAGGCCCUUGAAGGGAACGUCCGCUCUCCAGCACAUGAAUGUGCUGCCCGUCACCGCGAGAAACGUCCAACUCCAAGAGCCUCCCAACACGCAGGGAGUGAGAAUGGAGGUGAAGAGCCAAAGCCGGGUCCGACCAGGCUCUCUGUUCGAUGAGGUCCGUAAGACGGCGCGGCUCAACCAGAGGCCAAGGAACCAGGAGAGCUCCAGCGAGGAGACUUCCCCCGCUGUGGGAAAUCCGCGGGGAACGCGGCCCCCGAAGAAAUCGCGCUCGGCUUCCAGUCAGCGGUCCCGCUCCAGAGGCUCGUCCCACUCCUCCAGCAGGUCCAGGAGUCGAUCCCGCAGCUCCAGCUACUUCUCCAGGAGCCGCAGUAGGAGUCUGAGGAGGAGACGCGGAAGACGACGGUCGCGCUCUCGUAGCAGCACAUAUCGAAGUUACGGGAGUCACAGCCGGACGUCCAGCAGAAGUCAUUCCAGAAGUCGCUCAUAUGAACGCCGUCGUAGGUUCAGGUCAGACUCCGACGACAGCUAUUCCAGUCGGAGUCGGAGUGCGAGCAGGAGGCGAGGAGGACGCAGGCGGAGCGACAGCUACAGGAGCUCAGACCGCCGAUCCCGGUCGUCGCGCUCUUCCAGCGGCAGUUCUUCCAGGCGCAGAAGUCACAGUCGCAGCAGUCGGUACCGCUGAGCCUGCGGCAGGUUGUUGGUUUAAAGUCUGCCAAAAGAGAUCAACGCAACACAGUCUGGACCCUCCGCACGCUGUCACUGUUCUCAUGAGGACACGCCGUCGUCCACCCGGUUCCUAGUUUAAUACUGUGCUGUGUGACAGCCUGAGGGGUUGAAUGUCAUAGAAUUUAAAUAAAUCACUUUACAAGCAGCUCUUCUUAUUUUACGGCCUGUCACAGCGGAGAACUAGAGCCUAUAGAAGUAUAACAAAAAUAAGAAAUACGCUAUAUGUAUUUUAUAUUGCAUAUUUAUAUAUUACUUUUCUACUACUUCUGAAAUGUACAACUAUUAUACUGCGAGUGUCUAAUCCUCUCAGUUCUGACGUCUGUGAGGAGUUAGUGGGUAUCGGUUGAGGUUAUGCCUUAAAUUCUGUCUUUUAUUUCGAGAAGCCCCUCGUUCAAUGGAAGAAAUAACUUUUUGUAGCAGUUUCAAGCUGUAGUUUCUCUUUGUUCCAUAUGUUUUUUGCUGGAUUAGGAAUGUUAAAAAAGCUGUAAUUGAAGAUUGAUAUGUCUGAACAGUUAUGAAUGUUUACACAUAAUAAAUACCACAGCAUCUUAAA